AUGCUAUCACCUUCCUGGUUGAGUUGUUGCCUCAAUUCAGUCGCAAAAGUGGCUGCAAUGAUAUUGGAAAUCGAGCAAUCCGAUAUCGUAAUCAAUUUAGGCAAAUCUCACAUACUUCAACACGACCUUCGUGAACGUCUCAAAACCCCUGCACUGACCGAACUUCAACUGUAUUUAGGCAAGUCAAGCUCCGAUGCGAGGCCACAGAUAUCUUCAAAUGUUCGAUAA